AUGACGUCAUUAUCAUACGAUACAGCUGUAGGCUUAAGAACCCAGAAAGAGGAGGAUGAUUCUCAACAAGAGACACAGGAAACUCCUGAGCCGGCAGUUCUAGACGUCCAAAGUUCUGGCACGACAGGAGACACCUCAGUUGGUCACUUUAAAUGUCCGUUCUCAGACCAAACUGUUGAAGCUGACAAUCAAACCUUGGACUUGACACAGUCUAAAAUAUCAUUCCACAAAGGACACGGGGUCAAGUCAGUCCCUCCACAUACACGUACAAAGUCUGGGCCAGAGAACACUGCUGUUGCUGUAGCGCCCAGCGAAGAAAACAGCACCCUGAAUGUGGCGCCGAAUGUGACAAACGGUGCCCUGAAUGUGGCGCCAAAUGUGACCAACGGUGCCCCGAAUGAGGGACCAAAUGUAAAUAAUAGCGAUCUUGGUGUGACGCCAAACUUAGACGGCAAAGACCACAGCGCUGUAGCGGCGACCCAGGACAAGAAAGAAGCGUCAGAGCAAGAUGGCGACAUUGUUGUAGUGACGGGUGGGUGUGGCUUCCUAGGGCAGCACAUAGUGAAGAUGCUCCAGCUGCGAGCGACGCACGUGUCGGAGAUUUGGGUCUACGACGUCAACCCGUUUCAACAGAAGUUAGAGUACCAGGCUACGAAGAAGGUUAAAUCUAUAACCGGAAGCGUCACCGACGCCAGGUAUGUGACCCACGCCCUGAAGGGCGCCAAGUCUGUCAUCCAUGUGGCGGGCUGCGCCAGCUGGGGAACGUUUCCCGACUUCGAAGGCAUGGAGAGGGUUAACACCACAGGGACUCUGAACGUGCUCAACGCUUGCCUAAAGAACAACGUGGAGAGACUGAUAUACUGCAGCACGGUGGAUGUGGCUAUAGGCCACCAGCCCAUCCGAGGGGGGGACGAGACCAACACCCCCGUGCCGGACACGUUUCUCUUCCCCGGCUACCCAGAGACCAAGUACAACGGCGAGCGGGUACUGCUGGCCACACCAAAGGACAAGAGAGGGGGUACACUUCAAACAGCCGUGCUGAGGGCGAAUGUCUGCUAUGGUGAACUGGAUAGCUCUUAUGUGAUUAAUGCAUUGAAGUCUGCUAAACAGAAUAAUGGAGUUUUGUAUCAGGUGGGUGAUGGGAGCGCCAUGUUCCAGCAAGCCUAUGUUGGCAACACUGCCUGGGCGUUUGUGUGUGCCGACCUGGCAAUGAAGAACAACCCCCAGCUCAGUGACCAGAUUUUUUACAUCCCAGACAACACGCCCAUCCAGAACAGUUUCAACUUCAUCCGCCCAUAUCUUGAGGCUCGGGGCUUCCGGCUGGCGCCAAGGCCUCUGCCCUACCCUCUGAUGCACGGUGCCGUGUCACUGGCGGAGCUUUUCGUCAAGGGUUUGUCUCCCCUGGUUAGGCUGAGCCUUCCAGCCCAGUCCCACACCUUACAGUACAUCAACACUGACCUCUACUUCUGUGGGAACAAGGCUCGCAAGAUGUUGAACUUUGAACCUAUUUUCAGCCCUAAUGAGGCCAGAGCACAGUCUUUAAAAUACUACACAGCUGUCAAUUUGGAUGAAAAGCCAAGCCAAGAAUUAAAGCCACCAAAAUAAUUUUAUCGUUCAUAUUAAAACUAAUUAUUUAAAACAACAGUUUUACUGGUUUUAUAUUUUGUCAUGUUUUAAAUUUUAAUACUAAUUUUCAGUCCUUGAUGACAAAAGAGAUUUAAAAACAAAGUCGCCCAACUAAAGACAUCGGCUAUGAGAAAUAAAUCCAGUUAACAUUCCAC